AUGGGGAUGACAGGCUUGUAUACCCAGUGCCUACAGUUUUACCAUAAGAUAUACAACUGUCAACUCUGCUUCCCUCUUGAACAUUGUGACAUGCCGAUGUUUGAGAAUGCCACACCCACCAUCACUGGAAAAGUGUUUAGGCCCAGUGACACGCCGGACUACCAGUGCCUGGAUGGGUACGAAACCCAAGAUGGACACACUGUGGGCUCCCUGCUGUGUGGGGAGGAUGGCUGGUCCCACUUGCCAAGCUGCUUCAAAUCUGCGGAAAAGUGCGGGCCUCCUCCAGCUGUUGGCAAUGGAGACAUCACCCCCGUCCCACUGGCUGCCUACCCUCUGGGGUCAAGAGUUGAAUACCAAUGCCAGGCCUACUAUGAACUUCAGGGUCCUAAAUACGUAACCUGCAGUGAUGCUAAGUGGUCCGAACCCCUGAAAUGUAUAGAUCCCUGUGUCAUAUCUGAAGAAAUCCUGAAUGAAAAUAACAUAAGGUUGAAAGGGAAAAAGGACAAGACACACUACACAAAAACAGGGGAUAUCAUAGAAUUUACGUGUAAACCGGGACACAGUGCGGUGACAUCAGGGCAGUCACUUGAAGCCGUGUGUGGGGAAGGGACAGUGCAGCUGCCCAAAUGUGAAUGAAGGAGCUUCCACCAGCCACCCACACUGCCUCAACGCUUGCUAAAAAUAUCCAGACAUUUCCUGCUCUGUUCUACCUUAUUUCAGGGAAAUCAGUACCAUACGGUAGUCUGAACUUUCAACCUAAUCUCCCAAAGGUGUUAAAAUAAACUGUGUCAUUGUUUACACUUGUACCAAGACAAUCAUUAUUCACCAUUUUGAGAAUUGGACUACUUGCCUACAGAUUAUUGAACUCAGUAUGGAUGACAGUGUGGCUUCGUGCGUCUUGGAUCGGAGGUUUAACAGUGAACACAUGUGAGCUUGGGAUUUACUGGGGGAACUAACACAAUGAAAAUGUUAGAUGGUAAAAUAAUGAGUGAGAACAGGCCUGUCACUCUGUCCCUUUGCUGCUGUCAGCAGGGGGCCCUGCACCAGGGAAGGAGUUUGUUGAGGGUGACACACAUCCAUCCUUCGUCCUGCUCCCCUGUGUGUGGUCAGAACUGUGUCACAGUGUCGGGCAGUUGCUCUUCUGUUUGACAAGAGUAAUAAAUUAUUUGAAAGUUGUGAAUCUUAUAAUAUCUAGUCAUAGAACAAUAUAUUUGAUGCAAAGUAAAUAUAGGAACUGAACUUUCAUGUUCUCCAUGCUUAUUUUGAAAAAAC